CGUUCUUUACCUACGUCGAUUGUUCGCUCUUUCGUUAUUCAGUAAGAUCAAUCGUUUUCGGUAACGCACUCCCUGAUGUCUUUUUCCCCCGUGCCUUUCUGUAUAAUCACUCUUCCUGAUCCCGCGCCGCAAAUCCCACUCAGUUGAGCAGCCUCUCGGCAGUGCUGUCCGCCGCCUGUGGUGCUGAAAUCAAUGGCCGGGUUUUGCCGAGGAUGACGUAGCUGCAAAGCGUGGGGGACGUAAUUUGGCACUCGGGCCAGAAAGAGAUAGAGAAGAGAAAGGGAGGAGAAGGACUAAAAGAAACAAAUAAACUGAACAUUAGGUACGAAACACCGGGUAGCAUCUUCUGCUCAGAAGCACGAGGAUAUUUUUGAAGUGCAGUACAGUGAAAUAUGUUAACAGUCUGGAACAAAGGUUUAGCUCUCCACAAGAAAACCCAUUGAUUAUGGGGUGUAUUGGCUCCAAGGCUACUAUCGAACUGCAUCCUGAAAGCAAUGGGAUCAGGUAGAGAACUAACCCAGGAAGGGACUCCAGUAUGCAUUCACAAAUGACUACCCAGUCCAAUGUCAAGUCACCAAUCAACCAAAUAAUUAGCAGAAGCCUGGGUUUGGCCCCAGGAGGUGUGAUCAGCUGGAUCAACUCUCACAGUCUAUAUAGUGCCAAAUCCCAGCCAACCCAACAAGUACAUGUUGAAGACCCUGCUGAAAUGUUACCCAAAUCCAGAAGAGCACUUACCAUUCAGGAGAUUGCAGCGCUGGCCAGAUCAUCACUGCACGGAAUCUCCCAGGUUGUGAAGGACCAUGUGACAAAGCCAACCGCCAUGGCUCAAGGGCGGGUGGCUCACCUGAUUGAGUGGAAGGGCUGGUGCAAACCCAUGGACUCGCCACUGGCAUUGGAAAGUGACUUCAACUCAUACUCAGAUUUGUCAGAAGGGGAGCAGGAGGCCCGCUUUGCAGCAGGGGUAGCUGAGCAGUUUGCCAUAGCUGAAGCAAAGCUGCGGGCAUGGUCUUCGGUGGACGGUGAUGACUCCAACGAUGACUCGUAUGAUGAAGACUUCACAACCAUGAGUGAAGCCACCAACUCUGCAGAUACAGCAGGACCCUACCCUCAUUACCUGAGAGACCUUCUCCAUAGUCAUGUGUGCCAACAACUGAGUGUACGCCAGGGAUCCUGUGAACAGGACUGCGAGUCUCCACAUGCGCUGUCUCCUGACACCAUCUGCUCCAGCCUGUGCAGCUUGGAGGACCACCCCCUGCUCAAGGACUUGGGCUCCCCAACUGACCUAGCCACCAAGCUCUUCAGAGCCCUGCAUGGAGGCGAAGAGUUGCUGUCCAAGCUGCAGCGCAGUGGGGAAAGUGCCUUCCGGAGCCUGGGACACCUGAUCUGUGAGGACUCUUCGUACUCGGUGUCUUAUGAGUCAUGCUUCUCACCUGAGGAUGAGGUGGACACGGUGUACAAAGAGGACAGCGCUUACCCUGUGAGGAGGAAGGUGUCAGACGUUGCUUCCUCAGGGGUAGUGUCUUUGGAUGAUGAUGAGGAGGAGGAGAACGAGGCAGACUGAAGACCCAGGCCUAAACCACUGGUUCCUCUUCACAUUUCAGCAUGCUUUGCUUUCUUUCCUCUUGGUUUGGUAUCUUGUCUCGAGGCGUCCAAACAAUCUUCAUUUUGUUGGUUAUCCUUUUUUUUGUUUUUCCGAGCGGCUCGAUUGCGCCUUUCGCACAAACCGAUUGCUUGGGGUUUGGCGCACUUUAAUUGCAUGAUGGGGUGUCGGCACGUUUGGACCCCCGCCUCCCCACUGCCCGAGAUGGCAUGGCUUGAGCUGCCAAAUGCUGGAAUGUCUCUGAACAGACAGGAUCGUAUCUUUUCUUUUUCCAAUGACUCAUCCAAAACACCACGCAAGGCUGUUCUUGCUCUAGUUUUCUACCCCCUUUGGACUUUGUGGACUUUGAACAGAUGCAGUAAAAGCAGAAGUGCAUUACGUCUCAGAAUUUCUCUAUUUUUGUAUGCGUUGUCCUCAUUGCUGUCCGGUGGUUUUGCACGAAGCUUGGUUAGUGUUGCUGUAGAGACUUUACUAUCCAGACUGAUCACCUACCUUUCUUUUGGACUCUUUAAACCAAGUGGAUUGUACAGGCAGUCUGUAAUUCCUUUUUUCUGUAUUUCUCUCUCUCUCUAUUUUAUUUAUUUUCUUAUCACUGUGUGAUACAGCCUAUGGGAGAGACCUGACCCACUGCACCCCGCUGCUCCCAGUUUUGUAUGAUCGACUGGCUCCAUCCUGUACAGACGAAGACAUGGAGGGAAGCACAGAGGGCAGGCAUAGUGCAAGGUGGUGGUGGGGCGCCUGCCCACGUCUUGAAAACAACCAUGUCAGUUUUCUCUUACAUUCCACAUUUAACAGCUCAGGUGUAACUCGGUUUAAGUGGCCAGCUUUUAGGGUAGCAUCUCCGGGUUAGUGAAAUUUUCUACUGAUCCUUUUGCUGUGGUCCACUUUAUACCACCUUCCCAGUGAUGUUGGGCACCUGGAGUGCCAUGGAAGACAAGGGCAGCGCCCAUUUGAAUGUAUGUCAUACUGCUGCCCCUUGGGAAAUGGGGCCAGUCUUGGCACAGUGGGAUUACAUGCCAGUCCUUUGAUCCUGUGCCCUGCUGUAUUUGGCAUUGGUGGGUUUGUGUGGAGCUCAAUGGGUUUGGAAACUCAGGUACACAUAACAUGCUGUGCCUUCAUCUCAAUGCCUUUUUUAUUUUAAUUGUAGAUGACAUUCCCAUGAGUCUCUGAGGCCUACUGCUCGUCUCCCUUAUGUGUCAUCCUGUAAAUAGUUUCCUGUGCCCUCAGACCCUGGCGUCCGCAUGUUUCUUCCCGAAGAGCACCACGCAUGAAAACGUUGCCGUGAAUGCGCUGGACUGUAGGACCCUCUUGGCCUGGUCUGGUUGUUGGACGAUGCUAGGUUAUGGCAUACACAAUAAAAGGUAUCUCGCCAAUUAAACGUGUUCUGCAUGCAGAAUGGCGCUGUAAUUCCUGAUUCUGCACACUCCAUCAACAGAACUGAGGAAAAAGUGUGCUAACUGAGACAUAAACAGUUUGCACCAAGAAAUGCAAAGGUUAGUAAAAGACUUGUGAACACAGAAUUCUGCAGUAUGUGUGGGAGCCGCUGUAAGCAAAGUAUAAUGCCAGUCAAACAUCUGAGAAGAAAGGCAUGCAGGUAUAUUUAGAAGAAACCGUCUAAACUCUACCUGCACAUCCUUCCUGUCUAUUGUCAGACUGGCACGAAGAAACUGCUGUAAAAGGCAUUUUGUGAGCUUCUGGACUGUGUAUCCCGUCUCCGGUUCUUCUUUUCAUAUGGUUGUUUUAUGUCACUUUUCCACUAAAACAAGGCAAAAAAGAGUUCUUGUUUUAUUACUAUACCGUGAAAAAAGUCGCCGACGACUCAGGCUGUUCUUUUCAAUUUCAGAACCCCAGGCUCGCGACCGUUUGCGGAAAUGGGCUUGGCUCUCGAGUUGACUCUGUAGGUUCGGGUAGGAUGUGGUAACGUAGCGCUCACUGAUUGGUUUCCGUGCCUGUCCAUCAUAAGGACAGUCUCGAGGUGGUGCGUUUGGCGCCAUUUUUAAGCAGGCGCAGGGUAGUUAAUGCGAACCAUCGACGGAGAGUAAAUGCCAGGAUUAAUGGCAGCAUUUGACCGACUUGGAAGUUCGGUUAGUGUGGAGAGAAAUAAUUGAAACAAGUCUGAAAAUUAGUUAUUCAAAUAAUUUACACUACGGUCGUUAAGUUAGUGAAUGAUUUCCAUAUUUAACGUAAUUCUUAUAUAACUAUUGUCUCCUUUAGUAUUCUUCCUUGUAACUGAAAUAAUGGAAUUGGUCCCAUGCUCUUGUAAUAUUACUCCUUGCGAUAAUGGGAAAACGGCAUUUUGUCCUUAGAGGUUCUCCGUCUUACUGAAAAUAGUGACAUUAUCGGCUUUUGAACGCCCUGACGUUGUUUACGUUUUGUGGUGAGUACCCAAUAUUACAACGCUGGCUCAGUCGCACACUUUUUCCUUCCUAAACCUUAGGCGGAAUAGGCCGGGGCCUCUCCAAUGGGCGUGUUCUCCUUGGACUGCUUCACACAUUGACACUCGGAGUGGUGAGAUGGCUUUUCAAAGCGCGCACGAGCCGAUCGGGGGACAGUGUGUUCGUGUGGCGACCUGAUUAACCCGGGGCUCCGUUCAGGAUAUUUUGUUGAACAGUCUGUGCAGCGUCUGCUUUGUGUAUUUGACAGUAAAGCUUUAACUGGUAAAGAACGUUGAAUAAAAUUCGGAUUGUUUGCAAGACCAUUACCUUGAUUCUGCCUAAUCUGUUGGAACCUGACCAGGUCACCCCAAAAAAAACAAACAAACAAACAAAAAAACUACAAGUGGAGCAUGGCGCCCAUAUUUAAUCAAACUUUUUCUCUUUGUUGUACAUGUAUAUUUGUGAAAUACAUUCCUGACCAUCUAGAUGUUUUCUCUUCAAUCAGUACAUUCAAUUAAUUCCCCACUUAAACGUUCAGCGACAAAGACACUUUAGGAAUAACGACCUGCUUCGAGUUUAUGAGGGCUUGGGAUUAGGGAGGCUUUAAAGUUUAAAACCCAUUUCAUUUCUUAGUGAUGCUCACUUUAUGUCGCGUCUUACAAAAGAUACGGAAGUGCGUGUUGUCCUGUUCAAGUGCCUUUCUGUAUAGGAGCUGUUUUAUGCAGCGAUUUUAACUAACAUCGCGUGGUAGUUCGUGCAGCCCUGACUAGACGUGUGUUUGUAUGUCCUUACUCUUAUAGAUUUAACAUUCCAUGCGUACCUCUGAACACCAUUGUGCUGUCAGUCUGCUUUUGUGCUGCGUCGUUCACAGAGAGUACAAUUAAUACACACAGAAUCUACAUUUUUAUCAUGCGAUUCAAAUGAAUCCCUCAUACCAAACCUGGCUAUAUUUUCCUAUAGUUCCAAAACGGGGUACAACUCAUUAUUCCAACGAGCGUGGUAGAUGUAGGUUAAAUCCAAGAGCUUCCCCAGCCACCUUGCAUUUUACGUUAAAUCGAAAUUCGGAUCCCCGUUGGAGGUCUAUGCCCGUUGUAACGAUAUACAUUAAAUCUAAUAGCUGUUUGGUUAGGGAGCAGGGUCCUGCUUGGCUUUGGGUUUAGUGCGCUUACUAAAUAAAGAGGUGAUUAAAAACGAGACAUUUUCUUGAAUUCCGGGAUUCAAUAAAUGAUAAGGAAAGCAGAGGGUUUAGAGAUUGUGUGGAAUUCAGGGAGCUAACCCCCUAUAAGCAGACAAUUCAAGCGAGAUAUCGGCUUUAAAAAUGCAAGGCUCAGUCGCAGUAUCCCCCGAAUUUAGUAGUUAACACUAAGGCUUGUAUAUCCCUGAAUCAGAUGUGCGUAUCUUUGUUGAGAUAUUUUCUUUUCAAACGUGGUUACAGCACGCACUGUCUGGGGUAGAGCAAGUCAGAAAGCAGCUAAUCAGUUCUGUUGUCAGGGGUGACGUUCAUAUGGUGGGCGCUCUUCCGUAAUACUACCGUCUCGUAACGAUUUGCGAAAUGUGGAUAACAUCUGAACCACCGUAACACAUACAAACUCUUAUGAGACCAGUUAGCCGUGUAAAUGUUACAUAAUAAGAGGGAUCAGCACAAGCAAGGUAGGUGGCGAAUAGCGCACAGCUAGGAAGAAGAUGCGCUGCCAGGAACACUUCGUAUGUAUCUUCAGUUAUCGUAACUUGUUUCCUGGGGUGGGUACAUCGGGUAAGAAGGCAGGAUGACGUUUAUGAACAAUCGUGUUUAAUGUAAGCACAGUUAAUACUUCAACAGCGCAUGGAACGAAUAAGGUUAUAUUAAGAACAAAUGCGUGUUGCUAUGACAUCUUUAUGAUAUGUUAAGUAUACCAAAGUGUAAAGGUACGGUGCAGGCACUAUACAAAAGCCCACUCGCCACAGGGAUCCGUCCUUUGUGGAUACUUAACUGAAUAUGCGCUUGACCAACAUGCUUUUUCAGCGUUAUCUGCUACUAGCUGCCUAAAACAGUCCCACGUCUUGUGUUUCAAAAACGGUGCACGGGGAUUCGAGCCUCACUUCAAGGUUAUCGGCAAUGUUUCCACCUGUCCGGCGUCCACUGCCAUCAGAAUAAUGACCUGCAAGUGGGGUUUUGCCAGUUUCAGUGAGGUACGGUUUUCAUUCCGAAAAACUGGGACACACUGAACCAGUAACGGACAAAUUUUUGUCUCUGCCUAAUUUGUGGGAGGUUUCACUUCAAACAUGGCCACCCAUACAGUGCCAUUACUAUCCAAAGAUACCCUUUAACUUAAAAGAGGAUCCGUGCUAAUGUUAGUGGACUGACUGCUCUAAACUGAGCGCCUCAGUUACCUUUUGUGACAGUUUUAAGGCAGGUAAAAUUUCAGAAACAAGUUCAUUGGAACGGUUGGUGAAUACAGAAAUUAAAUACUCCAAAAGCACUGAUAGGGUCCAAAUAAAAACUGAGCUGCGGGUCAUGAUGUCCUUUGCAGCCAUUCUGAUGAAGGAAAGAAAAAACAACAAAAGCUCUGCCUAUUCCCUCCCCCUUACUCAAAGUUCAUAUCAGGGAAUGUGUGCUUAUCUUUUUUCCAUGGAUGCAGGGCUUAUUUUAGGUUACUAUGACACAGGGCUUCAGCAAUGUGGAGAAGGGCAGCUAGUGGUGGUGGUCACUUGUCCUGCAGCUUCAUCUGCAGCAUGUCGUCCAUUAGCUCCUACCACUCCCAGCGCUACAGCAGCUCUUUCCGCCAGGGAAGAAGCCGGUUGAGUGAGCCUGACCACGAGCCUUUCAUCAAUGAGAAGGACAGGAACCUGCUACGACAUGGUGCUUUGCCAGCAAGGGAAUCCUUUGCAAAUGCAGCCCUGACGGCCCAGACUCCAGGACGCCCUAUCCGCCUGGGAGACUCCUUCCAAAUGUCCACGGACGUCAGCCAGUUUGAACCCCAAGAGGUGGUCGUUGUUUUUUACAACCAUCACAUUGUGAUUCAAGCUGAGCAGGUAGCAGAAGAUGGGACAAUCAGGAACACUUUCAGUCACAAGUACCAGCUCCCAGAGGAUAUAGACCCAAUGUCUGUGAGCUGCACCCUCACUGAAGCAGGCAUGCUGGUGAUCAGUGUGAGAAGAAACCCAUUCCUGAGCCACAGUGAGCCACCACCCCCCCUUUACCGUUCCGAGAUGCAGCUCUAGAGGUUUGGGUCCUCCUAAAAGUAAAGUAAGAUGGGCUUCCAGGGAUCUCCUAAACAGUGUUAAGCUUGUUGACAAUAAAAUGAGAGUUGAAA